AUGAAAGUGUUGCUCGGUGUUGCUUUGACUGCAGCGGCCAUGUUGAGUACUUCGGCCAACCCGUGUGACAAUUUCAGCACCGCGGUGUCGGGUGAGUACAUUAUCUACAAUAACAUGUGGAAUCACCAAAUCGCUGGCCCCAACAGUAAGCAGUGUACCUACCUGACUGGUGAAGGUCACGGUUUCGUCUCCUGGAAUACAACAUACACGUACCCGUACAAUGUCAACACCUACACGCAGGUCAAGUCUUUUGCGAAUGCCGCCCUCAAAAUGAACCCUGUACUUUUGUCUAAAGUGAAGGCAAUCAAUUCCCGUAUGGACUACACGGUAUCCAACAUCAAACGUGACACCGUAGCCGAUGUUGCCUACGACCUGUUCACGUCUUCGACACCAAGAGGGAAGAAAGAGAACGAGAUCAUGAUUUGGCUGGCCGCCAUCGGCGGUGCUUUGCCUAUAGGGAACCAAAAAUUGAUUACAGCGACCAUCGCAGGCUACCAGUGGCACUACUACGUGGGUAAGAACGGAGACAUGAAUGUGUACUCUUUCGUUGCUACCCAGCAGGUGAGCGCCUUCCGUGGUAACCUCAUGGAGUUCUUUCACUACGUCAAGCUCAAUACCAAUCAAUACCUCAUUAAGGUGGAAUGUGGUACGGAGCCCUUCGUUGGCACAGAUGUGACUCUGAAGGUAUCACACUACUCGGCCGCGAUCGUGACGGCUUAG